AUGAACUACUCACCGAAUACCCACGACAUUCCACAAUGUCCCCCUACCUGCGACCCCCCCACCGCUGGCGAAAACCUCACUUCAUCAUCGUUGAAACGUUCUCACCACUCAGCGAUUCGGUCCACUUCUUCUGAUCAACCGGUCCUCAAGUACGCGAAGCGAUCUCCCUCCCAUGCGUCAGCGCCCUCGAAACAUGGUCACUUGAGCGACGAGGGGCGCAGUCGAAGGGGAAGGCAGGAGGAGGAGGAAGACACCAACCCUAUCCGUCGAGACAUGCAGCCCACUCCACCAGAAAACAUCUCGCUUCUGAUGGCCGCCGCGACGGCCGUCAGCCAGGGGAAAGAUAAGCCUUCUCCUAGAAUGCCAGCAUCGUCGAGAGGGCCGGGUGCAAGUACAAUAUCAGUGAGCCCCUCCACCGAGGUCGGCCGUGCCAGAAGUCGACCUGGGCGCAGUGCGAUUUCAAACACUGGGAGAUCGGACGAGGCGCAAUUGUUACAUUCUAUCCCUCUCAUUGAAUACCUGCAAUUAGACGAGCGACCAACAUUUAUAGUUGACAUCACUGAUAAUGUCAAUCUCAACACUCCUGGUCUCAAUUUGAUCUUUGCAAAUACAGCGCUGAAGAACCGCAUCCCCCUCUUUGAACAUGUCCAAGGCCGGUCUGAGGAUCCUACUCUGUUGCUCGAUGUGGAAACUCCAUUUUCAGAUUUCAAGGCAUGGGCACUGAGUUCUCCCACAGAACCUGACAUCGUCCUCACAUUUUAUUUUGCUGGAUGGCUGUGGCAAGGUUCCCUGUUAAGGAAGAAACUGAAGGUUAUUCGAGGUCGCCAGCAUCCCUCUUCGCCUCCUUUAAUGGCUGAUGGCGGUGGUCGGCCCAGUAUGCAACAAUAUCAUGGACUUGGUUCCGUAUCUACGUCCUCCAGCGGAGGUGCUCGUGCUGAUGCAGCGACGCAAGGAUAUUUCGACAUUCCCCCACGCACCAGCGGCGAGGUGCCACGCACACUCAACCGCCUGGUAACGGAGUCCGUAACGGAUGCCUCCCCGAAUGGUCUCGACCAUCCAUCACCCAUACCGAAUGGAGAUCUGGCAAACUCGGAGCUUGUAUCUGGAUCUGCGCUGGGAGGCUCUGACCAGAGAGUAUCUUCCGGCAGCCCUCUUAUCAAGCUAGACAACGAUUUAGUCACCACCAACCAAAAAGGCUAUUUUGAUUGGACACGCUUGCCCGUGACACCGUCUCUCCCCAUGCACAUACAAUUCGCUAGGGGAAUUGACUGGGCAGCCACUAGUCUGGGCCCUAUCCAGAACUGGUCUGUCGAACUCCGAGGGAUGUGUAACUUGAUCAUGGCCAGUCCACACCCUUCAGCCAUGUACUGGGGACCAGAUCACAUAGCCAUAUAUAACGAGGCAUAUGUACUUCUGGCAGGCCAGAAGCAUCCGGCGUUAAUGGGCGCACGUUAUCGUGAUGCGUGGUCUGAGAUCUGGGAUGCAUUGGAGGAUGUCUUUGAUAACGCCUUCAAAAACGCUCAAGCGACAAUGAAAGAUGAUGACUGCCUUUUCAUCAUGCGCAACGGCUUCUUGGAAGAGACCUACUUCUCGUGGUCCAUCAUUCCUCUUAUCGGCGCCGACGGUGGGGUAAUUGGGCUGUACAACCCAGCAUUUGAGAAGACGCGCCGCAAAAUUGCAGAGAGGCGCAUGCUGACACUACGCGAGAUUGGCGAGCGGACCGCUGCGGCUCGACAAGUUUCCCAGUUCUGGGGUCUGCUGCUGCAAGGCCUGGAAUAUAACGAAUACGACGCCCCCAUGGUUUUGGUCUACUCUCUGAACGAGGACUUGGCGGAGAGCGAUGUUGCUUCUUCAGGCUCCAGUGGUGCCGCCUUGACCAAGAUAUGCUAUCUGGAAGGCAGUUUGGGCAUUCCUCCUGGCCACCAAGCGGCGCCUGCUGUCAUUGAAAUGAAGACGGGCACCAAGGGCUUUGCGGCUUCCUUCAGACAGGCCCUUACAACCGAUAGGCCGAUUGUGCUACGGGUCGACGACGGAAGUCUUGAUCCGACUCUUCUGGAAAAUAUUGAAUGGCGAGGGUUUGGUGAUCCUUCGAAAAUUGUGGUCAUAUCACCUAUCCAUCCCACCACCGGAGAAUCAACUUUGGGGUUUUUGGUGAUGGCUACGAAUCCAAGACGGCCGUACGACGAAGAUUACGAUUUGUUUGUUCAGCUGCUGGGCCGCCAGCUUGCCACGUCCAUCGCAUCAGUGGUCCUGUUUGAGGAUGAAAUUAGGAAAGGCGAACAAGCUGCUCAGCUUGCCGCGCAAGACCGCAUCGAGCUGAACAAUCAACUUUUGGCUAGAACUCAACAGGCCGCCGAAGCCGAAAACAAGUUCACGAGGAUGGCAGAGCUUGCUCCUGUCGGUAUCUUCAUCGGCAACUUGGACGGUAAGAUUAACUUCGCUAAUGAUGCAUGGUAUAACAUCUCUUCAUAUCCUCGAGAUGUGCCAGUUGACAAUGAGUGGAUUGAAUAUGUUCUGGAUGAAGACCAAGCGAAAGUUCGGGAGUUGUGGAACACUAUGUUGGAGAAGAGAUGUCCUAUAUCCCUGGAGUUCCGCUUCAAGACCCCUUGGGGUGAUAAAGUCGGAAAUCAGGGGCAAACCUGGGUCCUUACCAGUGUUUCCCCUGAGCGAGAUGAUGACGGGCGAAUCCGGCAGAUUUUUGGAUCAAUGACUGAUAUCAGUGCCCAGAAGUUCGCUGAAAGCCUGCAAACCCGUAGGAUGGAAGAAGCAGUGGAACUGAAGCGGAAGCAAGAGCGGUACAUUGAUACUACUUCUCACGAGAUGCGCAAUCCGUUAUCUGCCAUACUCCAAUGUGCCGACUCCAUUACUGGCUCUCUCAGCGAGAUGCGGGACGCAAACGGGUUGACAAAGGCUCAGCAGGAAAUUCUCGACCUCACCAUUGACUCUGCUCAAACGAUAACGCUGUGUGCUCAGCAUCAGAAAAGGAUUGUGGACGACGUCUUAACCCUGUCGAAGCUAGACUCGGCUAUGAUGGCGGUCACUCCGGUCGAUACGCGACCCCUCGCUGUGGUGCAUAAGGUGCUAAAAAUGUUCGAUGCGGAGCUGAAGACCGCGGACAUUCGGUUGGACUUGAUCAUCGACGUGUCUUUUACUACUCAUCAGAUCGAGUGGGUGCGGAUAGAUCCGCAUCGCCUUUCCCAAGUUUUGAUCAACCUGAUGACCAACGCGGUCAAGUUCACGGCCACGCAAGAAAAUCGUGUUAUUCGAAUGCACAUCGCGGCUUCAGGGGAAAAGCCGUCUCAAGAAGACAAAUGGAGGCUCACGUAUAUCCCUUCACGGACGCAUAAAGACAAAGAUGUCACUGCGGCAGCCGAAUGGGGCUUGGGUGAGCCAGUGUAUUUGCACUUUGCAGUGCAAGAUACCGGACGUGGACUGGAUGAGCUCGAGAAGAAGCAACUCUUCCAGCGGUUCUCCCAAGCUAGUCCUCGCACACAUGUUACGUAUGGUGGCUCCGGCCUGGGCCUUUUCAUCUCGAGGGAAUUGGUCGAACUCCAGGGAGGUGAAAUCGGCGUAGCCUCUGAGAGUGGCAACGGCAGUAUAUUCGCGUUCUACAUCAAAGCUCGCCGCACCAAUGGCGAUGUCAGUCUUUUGGACGACAACCCCAGCACGUCGGCACCACACAGCAGGAAGGGCUCCAGAACCACGCCGCUGAGCGGCUUGACUAUGCAAAUGCUCCAAUCGACGCCAGGUGCCUCAACUGGUCCUUCGAAAUCGCCUGCUUCUCUAAAAACGGACACCACCAACCUGACCACGCAAAAUGGCCCUGUUAACGUGCUCAUCGUCGAAGACAAUUUGAUCAACCAAAAGGUACUUGCAGCGCAGCUCCGCAAAAUCGGCUGUGUCGUCUACGUGGCCAAUCAUGGUGGCGAAGCUAUCGAUCAGAUCCGCAAGUCCAAGUUUUACCGUGACCAUGUAACGGACGGGGUGAAGAUCGAUGUGGUUCUCAUGGACUUGGAAAUGCCUAUCAUGGAUGGGCAGACGUGCGCACGAAAACUCCGAGACAUGCAAGAUACCGGGGAGUUGGUUGCACACGUCCCAGUUAUCGCAGUAACGGCAAAUGCGCGAGCUGAACAGAUCGAGAUGACACUGCAGAGCGGAAUCGAUGAUGUUGUUAGCAAGCCGUUUCGACUGCCGGAGCUGGUGCCUAAGAUGAAGGAUGUCCUCACCAAGUUUCAGCGAGCUGAGCGGGACAACACAUGCCGCCAGGGAAUGCGGACCACCGUCGCACUCCUUUCUGGUGCUCCGUGGCGCUCUCGAAAGGAAGCGCCACAUUUAGGCCAAUUGGUCACAUUCGAUGGACUUAUGAAGCAAACAUGUGACAUGCCUUCUCAUCAAUGA